CUGGAGUCAGUUCGUCCAGGCUUUCUGCGGUAGAGAGCGCCACCACGAUAAUUUUAGACAAACGAUGUCUGCUCUUCUAAAAGCAAUUCAAGUCAAAGCUGGAAAAUAUACUGUCGAGGAAUUAUCGUGGCUAAGCUAAAAGACAGCCCCAUGCAAUGGGGGCGAACGAAGGACAGCAGGUCUUCCAACUCCAACAUGUCCUAUCUGCUGAAAACAUUCAACUUAGUGCACGCUCUCAAGCAAACAAUCGACAAAUUAUAGCUUUGGUAACACAGAAUGGUGAUCUUAUUUUAUACUAUAUCAAUGGGGAAGCACCUGCAGUAUUGAGAAGGGUUCCAUGGUUCUUAGAAAGAGAAAAGAGAAUUACAUCCUUAGCAUUCCAUCCAGCUGGUUCCUGGCUUUUAAUUACUGGUUGGGAUGGAUUUUUACAUAUAGUUCCUGCCUUAUCCCUUGUGGAUCCCAAAUCAGUUUGUGAUCAAAGCUGGAACCCAUUAGAUCUAACUUCCUUCCCAGCCGUUACAACAUCUCCCCCAACAUGCUGUGUAUGGUGGCAGAGUACUGCUCUAGGUCAUCAGAUGGGAUUAGUUGGCACAGAGUCAGGAGACAUUGCAUUGAUAAACCUGAAUACUGGCCAACGCCUAGGAACAAGAAAAAUAUCAGGCUCAUUGUCCAUGCUUCAUGUUUGCCAUGAUAACUCCGAUUCAGCUUACCUCUUAAUGACAUGUGAAGAUAGACAACAAUGGCGUGUUCUUUUAGAAGAUAGAGAUGGUAGCUGGUUUUGGCCUGAAGAACCUGGAAAGAGCACUAACAGAAUACUUUUAAGGGAUGAGAUAAAUGGCCUUUCCCCAGCACCUUCUACUCGGUCGAGGCUACAAGGACUCAAGCAAAUGUCAGUUGAGAAGAUAGCAAUCAUUCGCCAAAAGCUGGCUGAAACCAGAUCAAAAACAACAACUACUAGUCUUAGUACUAACUCAAAUGUGACAAGUAGGAGAGGUAGCAGCAGUAGUGACGGUUCUGCUCGGAGCUCGGAUGCUUCUUCAACUCCCAGUGCUAACAUUGUUCCCCAGGUGGAAAAUUUAAGGUGGAUAGUAAAUGCGUUUUUGUGGCCCCAAACACUCCGGGGUCGACAGGUUCUUUCUGCUUAUCAUGCACAAUCAAGCUUUGUUUCAAUGUAUAAGAUCGAAGAUUUGGAGCAGCCACCUGCUUAUGGUCACAAAUUGUUAUUCCCAUGUCGAGAUAUGUUAGUUACCGAACGUUUUCUUUAUUUGACUGACACAACAGCAAAGCGCUUUGCUGUUGUAUCAAGUAAACUGUCUGAGUGUCGCAGGCAUGAUGAUUUGGAGCAAAGUCCAGAAUCAGUAGUUGAUUUGUUUGAAUUUCCCGGUGAAGAAAGAAUCGUCGCACUUUACAAAGUUUCUAAUUCAAGAGUCUUCCACAGCAGUACAAUUCCUGUUGUUUCUGCAAGUGGUUCUAGUGUUAAAUCCUCAAAACAUUUACAAACUGAGAAUACAACUGCUAAAUCUGCGACAGAAGCUCCAAAAUCUCAUGAGCAAUGGCUAGAACAGGAAAUAGAAAAGUUAAGAGGGCAACCGGUGGACACAUGCAUUUUAGUGACUAGUCAUGGCGUCUAUCAUGUAGUUCUAAAACAAUGCCCAGUGAAAAAGGUUUUAAAUCAUCUUUUGGCCGGUGUUGAACCAGAUAAGGCAGGGCAGUUACUGUGUGCUGAGUCCCUAUCCCGUAUGUUUGGCCUUGACCUCCAGAAACUCCUUGAGCUAGCUGGUGAUAUCCAGCUUUACAAAGGAAAUUACAUCAAAGCGAUUGAACUCUUCAAAUUAGCAAGGUGCCGACAAAUUAAGUGGAUUGUGAAACUUGCUGCUGGAGGACACUCUUCCCAAUUAUUAAUUGCCCUACAAGAAGGAGCAUUGAACAGUUCUCAGGAGGCUAAUCCCCUUGAACGCUGUCAGCUUUCAAAUCUUGCCGUUCUUUGUCAAGCCCAACAAUACCUUGCUACCCAGUCAACUGAUAUAUUUAAUGGAUUUUUAAAAUUUUUGAAACUUAACCAACAUUAUGACGAACUAAUGGCUGUCAACAUAUUUGGCCAAAACCAUUUAUGGUCAUUUCUUAAUGAGCUUGCUUGCUUCCGUGGGCUUCUUCCUGAAGUUCUUGAGGCCCAAGCAAAAAUGAUGUCGCAUGCUCUAACUGACUGUGAAACUUCACAAAAACAGCAGAAGUUGCUUCUGAUAUCUCAAUCUGGCUUUUGGGAAUGUGUCAGUGAAGGCUGCCUUCGAGAAGCCUUUCUUCAAAGGCCUCAAUUGGUUCGCAUUCAUUCUAGUUUUGUGAAAUCAUGCCUUGGUGUGUUAGAACUGAAUAUUUUAAAGCGCCUAGCUACUCUGUACGAUCCAACAGACCCAGCCCUUCGACCUGGUCUUCUUCAACUUUUUAGAUCUAAUCGUUCAAGGGAAGGUAGUAAUGAACGAGAGCUUUCUCUAUCUUUUGAUAGUGCUUCUAUCAGUUCCUAUUCUAGUGACUUCAUUGAAACAUCUGCAACAUCUGAAAAUGUUGCAGUUAUGGAAGAAAUUGUUAUGACAUUUUUACUUAUACUCCUACAAAUUUCUCACAAAAGUCAUGAUUGUGAGUAUCGACCUGAUCUUGCCUCUAGUGUAAUCAGAUUACCCAAACGAAUGACUGAUACACUUCCAUCUCAGGGUGUGGAAGUGCUGUCAUUAGUUACUUGUGAACUAGCUGCAGGCUAUGGCCAUGGAGCAUUGGUUCGAAACUCUGGUCUUUUUACUUGGGGGCGAAAUAUUCAAGGCUCUUUAGGCAUUGGCCCAAGUAUGACUCGCCUGAGUCAGCCUCGGCCAAUCCUAACAUUCAACUCCCUUAGGACUCGUGUUUUAAGUGUAGCUUGUGGUCAAAACCAUACUUUAGCUCUAACUGAAAAUGGGUUGUACUCCUGGGGAUCGUCUAUUUACGGACAACUUGGGCUGGGAAAGAUUUCUCAAUCUCCCUACCCAAGAUUAAUUACAGCUUUAUUAGACUACCGCAUAGUAGCAGUUGCAGCUGGUCAGUAUCACUCAUUAGCUCUUACUUCAACAGGAAGGGUAUUCACUUGGGGUUGGGGUGUCCAUGGUCAGCUUGGGCAUGGCUCUGUUGAAAAUUACUCCUUUCCUUCUGCAGUACAUGCUUUUGAGGGUCAGGUUGUUAGUGCUAUAGGUGGAGGACAUGCUCACAGUUUGUUCCUGUUGAGUUCUGGCCAAGUAUUUGGUUGUGGUUCUAGUGUUUUCGGUCAGCUGGGAACUGGAAGUAAUAGCAAAAGUAGUUUACCAGUUCCAGUGUGCAACUUACCAGAGAGCAUUACUGCCAUUGCAACCGGAUACUUCCACAAUUUAGCAAUCAGUAAAUCUAACCGUCUGUAUAUUUGGGGUUCAAGUCCACAAGUUCUGCGCAUGCAAGCACAAGCACAAAAAAAAGCUAGAAUGCUUUUGCAACAGCAACUACUGCAGCAGCAACAACAGCAACAACAGCUACAGCAACAACACCUAGAAAUUCAAAUGCAAAAAGAUGAACACAAAGAAUUGAGUCCUUCUCCACCAGCAAGGCCACCUGUACCACAAAUAGCUGGUGCACAUAGUAAAAUUGGUGGUCAGGAAAAAGAAUCGAGUGAUGACUACCCUGAUGACCAGUUCCAAAUAAUAACAUUGAAGGAUUGUGAGGAUAAUAAUGAGGAUAACUGUGAAAAUCCUAAUGUGGAAAAUGGUUCUGUUAUGGCUUCUUCAGUUGAAAAAUUAGAUCCUGUUAUUUCCCUUGCUGCUAAGGCCAUGAACAAUGUACGAUUGAAUGGUCCUCAAGAAAAGUUUGAUGAUCCACUGAAUGCUACAUCCAUGUUCCCAAUGCUGAGCUCAACCGAUGCACCAUCUGUAGAAAACUCUUCAAUUCCUGGUGUAUCAACUCUACAAAAUGAAAAGGGAUCAGAAAGCCUUGAUAAGUCUGUUCUUCCUAUCCCUGAUUUGUUAGCAGAGGCAGUCCCAAAAGUUGCUGUUGAUCUAGUCCAAACCUCAACAAAAGUAGUGGUGUCUUCUCCUCAAACAGAAGUGGUUACGGUUCCUUACGUCAGUGCAGAUACAGAAACAUCACAAAUUCAUCUCUUACCUGUUUUAGUAGAUACUUCAUUGGUUGAAGGCUUGAUAGCAGAGGUGGCUUGUGGCUGUCAUCAUUCUUCUCUUGUAACUGAAGAAGGUCGAGUUUAUACAUGGGGAAGGAAUAUUGAUGGGCAGUUAGGGCACAGUGGUAGGAAAGAGGCUGUUAUUCCAACUCUUGUACCUGAUAUUCGAGCUGCUCAAAUUGCAUGUGGUGCUGAUUUCACUUUAGCACUGCAUGCAGAUGGUCAAGUCUUUGGUUGGGGAAGCAAUGCCACUGCUCAGGUUGGACGAAUGCCUCAAAAAGAACCAAAUAAAGGUUUGGAGGGGAAGACAAUAAUGUUAAGCACAAGUAAAAGGGUCAUUAAAAUUCCCAACAGUGCAAAUAAUCGUGUUGAAAACCCACAAGAAAUUCUAGGAAUACCGCCUAGUAGUCCCACUCCUGCUUACUCUAGUGCUACAUUAAGUGCUGCACCUGCUGCUGUAUGGGCUACUGAAUUAAGUACACUUGAGAAACCACCUUAUGGUUCGCUGACUCUUCAUUGGGCGUUGCAUCGAUUUUUCCCUUACUGCAAUCAUGCAUCUUUGCUGCAAAAGGCACUGCAACACAACAAUUUACAAGCUGCAGGGCGCCUAGCACUUCUAGCCAAAGAUAUUCCAGCUUCAUUGGGUUACCAUUUGGAUGCCUUUAUUUUGAGUUGGAAACAUUACCCCGGUUUAAAUGAGAAUAUUGAUGGCACAAGUGUAGAUAAGACAAUAAUUGAUAACCAAGCAAGCCAAGUUCAGCCAGAUAUAUGUGCAAAAGCAGUUUCAGUUGAUUAUUUGGAACAUACAUCCUCAACAGCAACUCUAACAGAUGAAAAUGGGGGAUCAUCUCAUACCAAUAAUUCCAGCAAUAACUCUGAGAUCCACGCUUUUGCUGUCCAAGGUGGUAAUGAAGAAAUGUCUGAAGGGACUGAUUCAGAACACACAAAAUCAAAUCAACAACCAUCAGAUGAAACAUCAAGUUUAGCAUCAGUGAGCCUGGACGAGCAGGAUGUUUCCCUAGCAAAAUCGGGUUCACCUCUUGAGGUUGAUGGCAUGAGUGAGUCAGUAGAAAAGGCAGAUGAGCCUCCAAAUUUCAGCUCAAUUCAAUCAGGUAAGCAGAAUGUCAAGAGUGAAAGAUGGCUCCAACAUGAAGUAUUCCGACUCAUUGAAUUGCACAUGAGUCUGGUUGAGGAAGAAGAUCAAGAUGAAGCAGUCAUCUCUCUUCUAUUAAGAAAGACUGUUUCAUUUUGGGUCAAAGAAGGCUUGGCAUGUUCAAUUCUUGAGGACCUAAUAAGUCAGCAUUGGGAUGAGCUUUCAUACCCAUUUGCUGUCUUACUGUUUUGCUCUGAUUUUGAUGGUAAGGAAAAAAUAAUGGAGAACUUGUCAACAAGUUUUAUGAUAAAGCUGUGCUCAUCCCUGGUCACACUGAUGAAAAAUAAGGGUGAUUGUCCUGAGCUAAAUGCUGUUCUAACCAGCUUAGUGGCACAAAAGAGCUUUUGGAAGCCUUCCAUUGAAACACCUCCCAGCAUCGACCAGAUUGUGGAACACAUGAAAAACAGUGCUGUCGCUGAUCAAGCUCUUCAUAUCGAACCUAUUCAUGAUUCCCUAGACAAUAACAACAUAGUCGCUUUUUCAUGUGGUCAUCAGCUUAAUUGGCAUGACUACAAUGCUGAAGUUGCAGCAGCUCGUACCGAGGGUUCAGCACUAGGCAUUGUACUGUCCGAUGGUGAGGAUGUGGUUUAUCAGCAUGCCUGUCCUUCUUGUGUGGCUCAGUACUUGCAGCGUAUUAAACUGUGAUGUAUUGCUAAUUAGUUUGAUAGGUUCUAUGGUGUUUUUUUACUGUUGCAUUAAUAUAGCUAGAUGCAACAUAUUGGCCAGAAUUUUUUUUAAAUAUAAUUUUAGCUGAUUGGAUAAACUGAAGUCUGAGGGUGACUUAAAUAACUAUACAGUGUAAAAACGUGAAAUCACUUGGAUAUCUUCUUUGCGAGCUCAUACUUCUGAGACUGUGGGGAACUGAUUUCUACCUGAACACUUACAUGCAAAUUAUAUAUCUUGAUGGACGCUCAAAUUGACCAUUUUAUAAAAAUAGCGAUUUUUAUUGCUUUUUAUGAACUUAGUGGGAAAACAUAACUUAAGAAUAAUUGUAAGCAUGCCACUUGUCUCCCCUUUUCUGAAGAAAACACUUCAGCAAAAUGCACUUGAUCAUAUAUUACUUUACAGCUGAAAUGGACAUAAAGUGACUUGAACAACUAAUGUUUAAACAUUGGAGUUAAUCUAUCAUCCAGGCAUGGCCUGUUCCGGCCUAGGGACUCUGGACGUGACCUACCGUACGUAAUCUAUCUUAGGGUAGACAGGACAGAUAUCCAGUCAUAGCAGGUAACAUAUUUUUAUUUUUUGAAGUGCAAAUAUUACAGUUCACUUUGUAUGAUCAAGUAUGUUUGGCUGAGCAUGAUGAAUUUGAGAGAACAUACUUGUUGCAAUUAAUGAUGAUGAAUGAAAUUUAUGAUGUUGUAAUUUUAAUAGUUAUCCCUAAUUUUAUUUUUAAGAGAUAUGCUGCUCUUGAUGAUGAGCAUUUUACUAUUUGUAUAUUUAAACAUCAACAAUAUUUUGUCAAAUUUAUAAAAAAUUGUUGAUUGGGAAGCUUCAGUAAAUGUAUGCUUACGGUUUCUGCCAGGAGAUCAAUUACAGCAUUUAUUAUGUGAAGUCGAACUGAUUGGAAGUUGUUUUCUUUUAUAGAAGGCAUUGGUUAAAUGUAAAAAUGUUCUAAUGAUUGGAGUAGGUAUAAGCUUUGCAAUGACUAGAAGCUACAGGAAGCUCAUCCGCUGUUUAAAGUAAACUUGGUACAAAUGUAAUUGUUGCCAUAUUUAUUGUUAUCUAUUACAGUACAUACAUGUGGAAAAUAGAUUUUCUCAAGCAAUUGGUGCCAGCGUCUAGGGAUGGUGGUCAAGCACAAUCGAAAUGCCACUAUUCUAAAUCAACUGAUUUUUCUUGAUGGCGUGCAAUCUCUUAUGACAGAAAAUUAAUCAAUCAAAGUUACCGAAAGAUUUGAGUUUUGUUACAAUACUAUACUUAAAUACAGGAUAUUUUUAAAACUGUAAAUCUUUUCCCUUUCCCUUUUUCUUUAUCUUUUGUGCACUUACCUAUGUUUGUGCUAAUCAUUGAGAGGAUCAAUCUUAGUUAAAUUGCUUUACUAAAUGUGUGAUGAAAAUGUGAUAAUAUGUUGUAAGGAAGAGGUCUCAAAAGCUGUGAUGAGGAUUCUGCUUGUAAGCUUCAAGCAAUUGUAGUGUUUUCCCUUGGGUUAAUCAAUCAUUUGUCUUUUUAUGUCAGGCCAACUCUGUGACGUCAACAUAAUACAUUUGGAGGUACUCUUGAGUAUGUGUAGUUGCUGUUAGUUGACUCAAUUAGAAGAAGCUUUUCAUAAGUAUAUAUAUUUCUAAUCUGGAAUUUUGUGGACAUUUUGUUGCAUGUAGUCUACUACUAACACUUGGAGUACCAUUUAAAAGACAUGUGUUGAAAGUUGUGGUUCCAGAAAAUGCUAAAAAAAAUUACUCUCAGCAUAAACAUUAAAAACUCGCUAGGAAGAAGUAUUAGCUAUUGAAACCGAUGCAUUGUAGAGUUCAUUGUUAUUAAUAUUGCCUGUUCUUAGUGUGUAUGUUUGAUAUGGUAUAGUUUUCUUUGUUUGGUUAAUCUCUAUUUGUGUUUAUUUUACUUCUUAUUUGUUUCUUCUUUAUUCUUUUAUCUGAUUGUUUCUUCUUUAAUUGAAAAAAAUGUGUUCCAGCCUACCCUAUUCCAUGGGUUUUAAAAAAUAGUUGUGUAUUUCUUAAGAAGUGCCAUCAACUCACUUCUUUGCCUUUCAAGGGAAAUAAAUAUCUGGUGACAAUUUCACCAACAUUAUGAAACACUUCCACUUGAUUUGAAUGGCAUUGAAAUCUACUUUAAAUCUAUUUUGCUCUUUCUCCUGGAGCUUUCUCUCUUUCUAGUCAAAAAAUAAGUUGCCAUUUGUUAUUUUGAAAACAGAAAUGGAAAAGGUUGUAAAUGUAAGCAGCUUUUGUAGCCAUGCUAAAAUCCCAUCAAAUGUAACAAAGAAGACUGGGGGGUUCGUAGUUAACAAUUAGGUGCAUGAUUAUUUAGUCUUUUGCUUUGCAGUUUCAAUACCAGUUUUAUACUUUUAGAGCAUGUAGUGCAACACCCAAGAGCAGCUGCACUUCACAAAUAUUAUAUCUUACAUUAAAAUUCAUCUUUGACUUGUAUGUUGUUUUUUGUACAUAAGUACAUGUCUUCAGCUCAAAAUAUGAUAAACUUUGGACCAUGAAGUUCCUGUGCUUCCCUUUUGAUGGAUUCGCUUUUGGAAGAUCAAGCAAAGACAGUCUGAAAAUUGAUAACUCAAUAAUUUUGUUGAGUGUUCAGAAACUGAGAUUGGACACAUUCAUGUGUGCAAGCUUUUUAGCUUUGUUGUUGAGCAUUGCUUGAGACUGGUCACAUUUGUACUUGUCUAUUCACCAAUGUUAUGUGAAAAUGCUAUAUAAGAAUUGAAAACGUGUGCUGAGAUCUGAUAUUGUUUUUUUUCGUCUGCUGUAUAUUGUACCUAAUAUAUUGGGUACCAAUUGUGACUGCAUUAUUUCAGGCUUGUAUUCACUUAAGAUAAAUUUAUCUGAAAGUCUUUUGCACAAAACUUAAACCUCUUAAGCCUUUGUAUGGAGUGUUGUUCCAUGUUCUCUCAUUUUGUAAGUACAUACUGCUCUCUAUUUUUUAAAUCCUUCAAUUGCCUUGUUUAGGACCUAAGCACUCUUUGACAAGAAAUAAAGUCAUGGUGGAAACUAUA